CCGACAUCUGCUGCCCGUAUCUCCCCUGCAAGUAAAUAAGGUCCGCCAUCGGGAGUGCAAACAGCAGACGUCAGACGUCACGCGUUACCGGCGGCAUCAACAUGAGAGUAGUCGUCCUUCUGGCUGUGGCGGUGACCAUGACAUAUGCACAGGUCCCUGGGACAUACAGAAUCAUAUGUGCAUCAUCAGAUUGUUGGGGAUACUCCGUAUGUCGUAAAGUGCUGAACACAACUUCCGGCGAAAUCGUUCCCAUAUGUUUUGACCCCAUGCGCUAUCCCCCAACGGGCAACGAGCAAGUAUGUAGCGACGGUCAGCCAUUGUGGGUCAUCACGGGCACGGGAGACUACUCUCAGGCGUCGUGCGGGCGAGUGGUCAACAAGACCACGUGUCCCAGCAACUACAGGUGUGUCACUUCACCUGUCGACGUAUACGAUGUGUGCUGCCCCAAUUCUGACAAGGUUGGUGAGUGUCCAGAGACGCAUCCUGGCGAGGUCGGAGUCUGCGCAGACUUGUGUCAGUCAGACACAAACUGUCCACGUGACCUCAAGUGCUGCCCAAACGCUUGUGGUGCUCACACCUGCCAGACACCUGUACACAGUCUUUACCUGUGAACACACUGAAUGCGGUUUUGGCUAUGUUUGUCAAAUGAC